AUGUCGGGCAGUCAAGGAAGGCCUGAAAGGGUUGGGGAGGGGCAUCCGCGUGACGCCCGAAGAGAGGAAAAGUGCGGAAGUGCGGACAAUGGCUUGCGCGACGGACGAGCAGAGAGGGCUAAGGAGGAGGGACGGGGGGCAUAUCCAGAUGCAAUGAACGAGGUGGCUUGCGUUUUUCUCUAUCCCACGCUCCCUCGAAUCACCUCUUCAUCCCCGGUAACCGUUCCCCCGGGGCUGCAGGUCAUGGCCGCCGUGGUCCUUCGCCACGCCCCCUUUCCCCUCCUCCUUUUUCUCACCUACACCCUCUCGGGCUCCUGCAACCAUUUCUUGACCUUGAUCAUGCACGAGGUCGCGCAUAAUUUGGCAUUCAAGCGUCUUUUUGCCAAUCGGGUCUUCUCCAUCAUUGUCAACCUGCCUUUGGGGAUACCGGCAGCCAUGUGGGUGUGGGAGGGCGGGCCGGAGGGAGGGGUGCAGGCGCCUACAUCGGGGUGA